UUGGAGAAUCGUGGCCGUCGAUGCUACUGCUCCCGUGAUCCAACGGCUCGGAUUUAUACUCCGGCCCAAGGAGGAGCCCGCUUCACACCGAUCGACACCCCAAAUAUCCUAGGGCAAAUCUCCUCAUCCUCCUCCUCCGCCGCCGCCGCCUCCUUUUCUCCGGCGCCGUUUUCCGGCGAGGCGCCUAACUGCGAGGCCCUCGCCUCCGGUGGCACGGCUUCGCCCGGAUUCGCCGCAAAGCCAGACAUCAGGUUGUAUAUAUUCCCGCAAAGGCUUCUCAGUCGGUUUAAUUCGUGCCUCAGUUUCGAAUUCUCCCUCCUCAGCCUCUCGUUCUCCUCCAUUAUCUCCGGCGCCGACGCGCAGGCCCGAGGCGUGGUGGCUGUUGCCCCGGUCGCCGCCGGGGACGAGUUGGAGGAGAGAACCUGUUCAUCGCCGGAGUCUGCCGGAGAGAUUUGGAUAACCGCUACCGGAGCGACCGCCUGCAACGGCUGCGCGGUUGGUACGGCGGUGGGAGGCGCCGCCGGGACAGUGGAAACUCCGGUCGAGAUUUUCCGGCGAUGGAUGUCUCUGAGCAUCGCUUUCUCGCCUCGCCGGAAACAA